AUGAAUCUGGGAAAUGAGACAUGGAUAGUGAGGGAAUUUGUGCUUGUGGGGUUCUCUAACCUUCCAGACCUGAAGCCCAUUCUCUUCACUCUUUUCCUGAUCAUGUACCUGAUCACACUCAGUGGCAACAUCACUAUCAUUACCAUUAUCUACCUGGAUCACACCCUCCACACUCCCAUGUACUGCUUCUUAGGGGUCCUGUCCCUCUCAGAGACUUGCUACACACUGGUCACCAUCCCCAACAUGCUGAUACACCUGCUGAUGGAGAAUCAGCUUAUCUCCAUUCCCAGCUGCCGAGCCCAGAUGUUCUUUUUUCUCGGCCUGGGCUGUAGUCACUGUUUCCUCCUCACCGUGAUGGGCUAUGACCGCUACGUGGCCAUCUGCCACCCACUUCGUUACGCAGUGAUCAUGAGCCCACCGGUUUGCCUCGGUCUGGGAGCCCUGGUCUUCUGCUCAGGAUUUCUGGUGGCUGUCAUUGAGACUUGUCUCAUCUUCUCCUCCUCCUUCUGCCAUAGCAACCGAGUGGAACACUUCUUCUGUGACAUUGCGCCUGUUCUCAAACUUAGUUGUACUCAGAGCACAGCCAAGGCCCUGACCAUCUUCUUCCUCAGCGUGAUCGUGGUGCUGGUCUCCUUCCUCCUCAUUCUGCUCUCAUACGCCUUCAUUGGAGCUGCCAUCUUGAGGAUCCCUUCUGCUGCCGGGCAGCACAAAGCUUUCUCUACUUGCGCGUCCCACCUCACUGUGGUCAUAGUGCACUUCGGCUGUGCCUCUAUCAUCUAUCUGAGACCAAAGUCAGGAAGUAACCCAGAUCAGGACCGGAUGGUGGCUGUUUUCUACACAGUCGUCACCCCGUUGCUCAAUCCUGUGGUAUACACCCUACGUAACAAGGAGGUGAGGGUAGCACUAAAGAGGACCUUGGGACGCAGACUGAGGACCCAGAGUGUCUAA